AUGGAGCGAGUGGUGAUUGUGGGAGCAGGUCUUUACGGCCUUGUUGCCGCGAAGACUUACUUACAGGUCAAGGGUGCUUAUGCAGGUAGAGAUAAUAUCGAUCCCACGGCUGAGCCGGAGACUAUUCCAUCGUGCUUUACGCAGGACGGUUAUGAUGUGAAGUAUACAGAAGGGUGUCACUUACUCGUGCUCGACGCAGCCUCAGAUAUUGGAGGUACUUGGGCUGAGGAACGACUUUAUCCGAAUUUGCUCAGCCAAAAUUCGUACGGCCUGUAUGAGUUCAGUGAUCUGUCUCUCGCCGAUGUUGUCCCCAGUGAGCAAAGCGAAGGUGGCUCACGGUUUAUUCCUGGUUGGAAGAUCAAUCGCUACUUGCACUCAUGGGUCGCAAAAUGGGACCUCCAAAAACACAUCAAGUUGAAUUCGAAGGUCAACAGUAUCAGUCGCCUCGAAACCAAGCAAUGGAGCCUCAACGUUGCUAUUGCAGACCGAUGUCAGUCCGGUCAUGAAAGAACCAUCAACUUAAUAUGCGACAAGUUAAUUUUGGCAACCGGUCUAACCUCGGUUCCGAACUUACCGAAAACGGAUGGACUCGAAAGCCCCACGAAGAAUUCCUCACAUGUCAUACACGCCAAGGAUAUUGGGGGCUGGUCUCGCGCGAAUUUGGAUUACCAGCCACUCCCCAAGCCUGAUGCGAUUGUGGAAAACACAAAGACACAGAAAUAUUGUGCGAACAAGGUACGGUCUGUUGUUGUUUAUGGGGGAGCGAAAUCCUCUUUUGACUUAGUUCAUCUCUUCGCCACACUCCAUCGAAAGGACCCUACAUUGCAUCUGAAGUUUACUCCGGAAAGUCAUGUUGAGGUACAUUGGAUUAUUCGAGCGAAUAGCCCGGGUCCAGCAUGGAUGGUUCCUCCAACAUCCUCUCUUCCAAAUGGAGAUGUUGUAGCCAGUGAUAAGGCAAACUGGAAGGUGAGUAGUAAUGGCUCAUGGUUGGCUCGCAUUUUCCACGGAAAUCCCUUUGGAAGAUGGUGGAUGCGUUGGCUGUGGAAGUCAAUAGAUUGGGAGAUGGAGAAAUUCGCACAAUAUGAUGUAGAUGCAAAGAUGCAGCUUCUUCGACCAAACAAAAGUAUCUUUUCCUGUGGUGCUAGUGCUGGUAUUGCCAACCAACGUGAUCUGUGGGACACAAUCAGAUCGCCAAAUGUGAAGGUUUACCGGUCGACCAUCCAGUCAAUCUCAGAACCAUUUACAAAAAACGAUGGAAGGACACAACAAGGUGUCACAGUGUCAAUGACCAACGGAGGAAAUAUUGAUAACGUUGAUCUUGUUCUUCAUGCCACUGGGUAUAAGCCGAUUGUCCCAAUCAAGACUACCCCAUCAAGCUUUCGACUCACCCUUGGUUUGUCCGGGAUUGCUGUCUCUGAGCCCCAGGAAAAGGUUGGAUAUAAGAGCGAUAAUCCUCAUAAUGCUAUUGAGGUUCCUCUUGAUGCAACUACUGAAAAACUUUGUCAAUACUGGCAAACCCUUGACUCGGCGCUCGAGCCAGCGAUCAAACAAAGACUGCUCGAUAGUGGAUGCGUUCCGCUGGAGAAAUCUGCUCCAUCAUGGAGCGGCCCGAACAAGUUUAUUCAGUACCGCCUGUUUCGUCGCAUGGUUGCUCCAGAAUUAGUUGCCGAGGGAGACCGUUCUUUUGCAACCCUCGGUAUUGUUCUCGGUUCCACGAUUGCCAUCAUCGCUGAGGUGCAAGCAUUGUGGAUUGCAGGAUUUCUGACCGGGGGAUUUGACAAUGUCUCUACUGGUAAUACAUCAUACCAAUCUGGAUCGCUCUACCUGGCGGAUUUACCCAAAGAGAUUAUGAACCAAGAAAUUUCUGAAGACUGUGUCCUUGGAUCGUUAAUUGGGAGUGGAUUAGAGGUUGGUGCCAUUGAUUACAAUGAUUUGCUCAUGCGAGACCUGGGCCUGAACCCAUAUCGCUUGGGUGGAGGCCGAUUGAAAGAGCUGACUGGCGUGUAUGAGCCUCAUGUGUACGCUGGAAUAGUUGAAGAGUGGCUUAUUCGUCGAGAAUUUUUGUAUUUGUCUUCCUUGUCAUGA